UAAUGAGCAACCAAAACUUCCUUUCAAAAAAGCACCAAUUUCUGGUUCUUUUAAAGCUCUGUUCUUCAAUCAAACACCUCUCUCAAAUCCAAGCCCAAAUUGUCAUCUCUAAUCUCCACCAAGACUCUUUCCUCCUCACUGAACUCGUCAGAUUCUCCUCUAUAUCUCCCUUCAGAAACCUCACCUACGCGCAUUCCCUCCUAUUAAACUCACUCAAUUCGACUCCGUCUACAUGGAAUAUCCUCAUCCGAGGCCAUGCUUCGAGUAAUUCUCCCCAAAAGGCAAUCUGGUUACUUAAAGAAAUGCGAAAACGAGGGUUUAAACGCAAUAAACUUACGUACCCAUUUGUUUUAAAAGCGUGCGCGGGUGCAGAAGCACUUGAGGAAGGGAGACAGGUUCAUGGAGAGAUUGUAAAGCAUGGUUUAGAUGAUGAUGUUUAUGUUGAUAACAAUUUGGUUUAUUUCUAUGGGUGUUGUGAGAAGAUAAUGUAUGCAAAGAAAGUGUUCGAUGAAAUGGGUGACAGAACUAUAGUUUCGUGGAAUGCAAUGAUUAGUGCCUUUGUUGAGAAUUUUUGCAUUGAAGAUGCGCUCGGUUAUUUUGUUAAGAUGAGGGAUUGUGGUUUUGAUCCGGAUGAAACCACGAUGGUAAUCAUGCUUUCAGCAUGUGCGGAGUUAGGAUUUUUAAGCUUAGGGUGGUUGCUUCAUUUGCAAGUUAUUGAGAGAGGUUUGGUUUUGAAUUGUCAAUUGGGGACUGCACUUGUUGAUAUGUAUGCGAAAAGCGGAGAUGUUCGGUAUGCUAGCCGAGUUUUUGAGAGAAUGGAAGAGAAAAAUGUGUGGACUUGGAGUGCAAUGAUUUUGGGAUUUGCUCAACAUGGUUUUGCUAAGGAAGCCCUUGAACUUUUUGUAAUGAUGACGAAAAGUUCCUGUAUAAGACCGAAUUAUGUUACCUUUCUUGGAGUUCUUUGUGCUUGUAGCCAUGCUGGAUUGGUAGAUGAUGGGUACCGGUAUUUUCGUGAAAUGGAGUAUGUUCAUGGGAUUAAGCCUAUGAUGGUUCAUUAUGGUGCAAUGGUUGACGUCUUGGGUCGUGCUGGUUGUUUGAAAGAUGCUUACACUUUCAUAAAGAACAUGCCUUUUGAGCCUGACCCAAUUUUAUGGAGGACAUUGCUAAGUGCAUGCACUGUUUGUAAUGUUAAUGAUACUGAUGGCGUUGGUGAGAAGGUGAGGAAGAGGUUGCUUGAGUUGGAGCCAAGGAGAAGUGGAAAUUUGGUAAUGAUUUCAAACAUGUAUGCAGAAGCUGGGAAGUGGGACAGAGCAGCGAAUGUACGGAGGUUUAUGAGGGAUAGAGGGUUGAAAAUCAGGGCUGGUGAAAGCUGUCUUGAGUUAAAUGGCUCUAUUUAUCAGUUUUUUUCGGGGUAUGAUUCCCAAUUCGAUUUUGAUGAUAUCUAUCCAUUGCUACAUACACUGACCUUACACAUGAAAAUGACUAACCUUUUGUAGUUGAAUCGCAUGAUGUGGACACUUUUAUGUUCAAGAAUAGAGAAAAUAUUCAUUGUGCAAGCUGCACUUUUGCAUUAUAUUCGACAUCCUGCCUAUAUUAUUCAUUUAAUUUACCAUCUGAAUGACAAAGUCAACCAUCAAUUCCCUUUUCUCCCCCUUCUCCAAAGACUAUCAAUUAUGUGACUGAUAUCGACAACCCUUGCUUGAUCUUUCUGCGAAAAAUUGCCCCAAAUUCACUAGAGACUGUCAACCAACCUUCAUCUUGUCUCCUUAAGGUACAAGAGAUGUUUACCCAGCCUUAUGGAAGGGCUUAGAAAUAUAAUAAUGUCUCGCAAUCCUAUUUGUCUGGUGCUGGUAAAAGCUUUGGAAUCAGGGAAGGCUGA